AUGCGAUGCAGUUCAAAACAAUUCAUGUUUUGCAAUAUUUUAAAAAUUACCAGUGAAGAAAGUGUUUAUGACACUACUUUGCCAAUGAUGAAUCGAUCAGUUCGUCUAACAGUUUUUAUCCAGAUAUAUAAACCAAAUUUGGUAUCCGUUAUGUUUGAAGCGAAAAUCUCACCAUUAGGUAAGAAUUCUACAGUGAAUUUUUGUGAGAGCCAACCCAUAGCAUUUACAGGUUCUAAUUUGGCUUGGAAAAGUAACUUGACAUUAAAGGAUACCUCAGUGGUGAAUCAAGCUGAAAAGUUGCAAUUCUUUAAUGUUGAACUGAGUGUUCCACCUUAUACAACAGCGACUUAUACUAUCCUGAUAACUAAUACUGGUAAACUAAUGACGGAACCAUGUUCUGUUGAUUACUUGUUAACAGAAAAUAAUUCAACUAAGAACGUCUCUAAAACUCCUGUAGUUACUAUUGAAAAAGUCGAACCACGAAAUUCACAACCAACAGUAAACUUUAGUACAAUUGUAGAAGUUCGAGUGAAAUUCAUUGAAGACUUUGUCUACAUGCCGAUAACUUUUCAACUACAAGUAAAUUCAAAUGAAGCAAUUAUAAUCAGACAGAGUAUUCAAACAAUUGGAUAUCUAUUAAAAGCUGUAGCACUUGUGGGCUAUGAUUUUUCUGUUAAACCGUAA